CGCGUUUGAUUGCCAAUCCGCGGGGAGCACCCCGUUGGGUCUGUCUGUAAACAACACCCAGACGAAGACUUGUAGUGAAGGGCUGGCGAAGCACAAACACUAACACAGCACCACAAUGGAUAUCUCAAAUGGCAACACGGACGCCAAGGCUAUCCUGAAAAGAGAACUGGAGUGGAGCGGCGAAGACAGACAUGAAAACAAGAAGAAGUCUCGUCUCUGUCCGUACCUGGACACAAUCAACCGUCACAUGCUGGACUUUGAUUUUGAGAAGCUGUGCAGUGUGUCCCUCUCAAGGAUCAAUGUGUAUGCUUGUCUGGUCUGUGGCAAGUAUUUCCAAGGGCGUGGUCCAAACACUCACGCAUACACCCACAGUGUUUCUGAUGCUCACCAUGUAUUCCUCAAUCUACAGACACUCCGUUUUUAUUGUCUUCCUGAUAAUUAUGAGAUUAUUGAUUCCUCCUUGAAUGACAUAAUCUUUGUUGUAAAUCCUACAUUUUCCCGAGACUACAUCCUGCACAAGGUGAAUCAGAGCAAGAUGAGUCGGGCAUAUGACGGCACUCUCUACCUGCCAGGAAUUGUUGGUUUGAACAAUAUCAAAGCCAAUGAUUACUGCAAUGUUGUGUUACAGGCAUUGUCAAAUAUCACACCACUUAGAAAUUAUUUCCUGGAUCCAAGCAACUACAGUCACAUCCAUCAUGCACCAGGCACUCAGGGGCUGGCUAUGUUCCCACUCAUCACCAGAUUUGGGGAACUGGUGCGCAAACUGUGGAAUCCAAGGAACUUCAAGGCUCAUGUCUCACCUCACGAGAUGCUGCAGGCAGUUGUGUCAUGCAGCAAGAAAAGAUUCCAGUUCACAGUGCAGGGAGAUGCUAUUCAGAUUCUAUCCUGGAUACUGAAUUCCAUGCAUCUGGGCCUCAAGACCCCAAAGAGGAAGAACACCAUCAUCAACCGCUGUUUCAGGGGCACCAUGUGCAUAACUUCACAGAAGAUUCUGCCUGUGGAGAUUGAUGAGAAGGAGCGGAAUCAUCUGCUGGAAACAGAGGAAUACCAGAUGAAGAUGGAGGAGUCUCCCUUCUUGUACCUCACCUGUGAUCUACCACAGCCUCCCCUCUUCAAAGAUGAGAAGAAAGAAAACAUCAUUCCACAAGUGAGCUUGUAUGUGCUGCUGAGUAAGUUUGAUGGCAAGACUGGCAAGGAGUAUCAGACCUACAAAGAGAGUAUUUUGAAGAAGUUCCAGCUAACAGGCCUGCCUCCUUAUCUCAUUCUCUACCAUAAGAGAUUCACCAAGAACACUUUCUACACUGAGAAGAACCCAACCAUUGUCAACUUCCCUGUUAAGAAUAUCGACGUUGCUGAGUAUUUGACCGAGGAAGUGAAGGAGAGACAUAAGGAGCCUGUGUAUGACCUGGUGGCCAACAUUGUGCAUGAUGGGGAGCCAGCUUCAGGGACUUACCGAUGUCACAUCCUUCAUAAGGGCACUGGCAAGUGGUAUGAGCUUCAGGAUCUCCAUGUCAAGGAGAUUGAGCCCCAAAUGUUGACCCUCACAGAGUCUUACAUUCAGAUAUAUGAGAUGCAGAACUGCAAAGUAAAAACACAGGAUAGCAAGAAAGGUUCCUGAAGGUUGGGAGGCGUCAGAACCAAGCUUCUUGCACACCGUAUGUAUUCUUCAUUCCCAAUUUGUAAAGGCUUCGCAUCAACUGAAGUCACAGCGGCUAUUUAACAUCAGAAACUGUUCAAUAUGUGUUUUGAAUUAAAAUUUUUUAAUUAACAA